CAGACGUACAAACACCUCUGUUCUCACCCAGUUUUUUCAGCAGACACCUGAACCUUCCUGAAUGAGCCUGAAGAUUCAACUCACCUCCGGACCGCCUCCUUCUCUCCUCAUAUCUUCUCAAGUUUGGUUGCUGAUAACGGCUCAGUCAGUCAGCAGGAGUUUCUUUCUUUCCUUUUUUUAUUUUUGGGCUGCAAUGAACAGAUCAAGGACGGUUGACAUGAAGGGAGACGCUCCACAAAGAGGCAUGAAGACCACAUGUCUGUGGGUCGCCACUGCGCUGCUGUCAGUCAUCCCUCUGGCUGCUGGUGCUGAUUCACUGAGACCAGGAGCUUCAGAUCUGAGACAAAGCUCAAAAUCUAAGGUGAAGACCUACUGGACUGAAAGCAGCAAAGCUGUGUCCAUCAGCCGUCUGCUCUCCCAAACCCUCUAUGGCAAGGAGAACUUCACCUCACUGGAUCUGAGCUACGACGAGGCAGACCCCUACUCCAAACAGGAGCAGUGGAAAUGGCUUUACAACUCUUCAACCCCUCGAGACCCUCGAUCGCGGACAAAAAGAAGGCCCAUUGUCAAGACCGGGAAGUUUAAGAAGAUGUUUGGUUGGGGCGAUUUCCACUCCAACAUUAAGACGGUGAAGCUCAACCUCCUCAUCACUGGGAAAAUCGUGGAUCACGGCAACGGCACCUUCAGCGUCUACUUCCGGCACAACUCCACCGGUCAGGGCAACGUUUCUGUGGGGUUGGUUCCUCCGACAAAAGCUGUGGAGUUCCAGGUCCACCAGCAGCACCACCAGUUCCACCAUCAGCAGCAGCAGCAGCAGACAGCCCUGGAGACCAAGGACACCAAGUUGUUCAACUGCAGGGUGGAGUACGAGAAGGUGGAGAAGGGCACCAGGAACUCACUGUGUGCCCACGACCCCUCACAGAGCUGCCCGCAGGAGCAGACCCAGAGCCACGUGUCCUGGCUGUGCUCCAAACCCUUCAAAGUCAUCUGCAUCUUCAUCACCUUCUACAGCACUGACUACAAGCUGGUGCAGAAGGUUUGCCCGGACUACAACUACCACAGCGACACCCCCUACCUUCCCACCGGGUGAUCGCGUGAGCAGACGAGGAGGAAGAAAAAGACACGGGGCUGUCGGGUCAUGAGCUGAGUCAGAUUAUCCGAAUGAAACUGGAGUCAAGACAUUUCUGACUUGAGAUAUCGACAGCCAUUAUUACAACUUACAUAUCCUUGUCACAAGACCAAUGUUGCUCCAAUGAGCAGACCUAGCCCGAGGUCAUUAUGAGAGCAUUUAGGGAAGCAUUUGUAGGCAAUACUCAUAUUAUAUCCAUAGCUGCUUACAUCAAAAGGAAAUUCUCAAGCCAACUGCGAAAAUAUGCUGAUUGUAUUUAUGUAAAUAUCAUGGAUUCCACACAAAGACCAGAAAAACAAUUUUAUUAAUGUUUUCUCCAGCUAAUUUACUUGUUUACGUUGAUGGUGUGCUUCCGUUUCAAUCAUGCUUUCUGUCUUCUUCAAUCAGUCUCUGGUAAUCUCUGCAAACACGUAAAUGUCAAUGCAAAAUAAGAAGAAUCUGUCAGUAUGCAUUAGAGGGCAUAAUGGAAAAAGCAAACAUGUUCUGAGUGGUGUUGUUUUCUGCAGUGUGAUUGUUAGAGUGACUUUACCUCUCUCUGAUAGUGUUGUUGGAGUCUCAUCCAUGUUCAUGCAUGAACUGAAUGUGGUAAACAACUAAAUAACGUCCAUUUAUAUUUUGAUGUUGCUGCAGCUGUCACAAGUAAUCUUCAUCAAGCUGCAACUGUUACAGGAGACAAAGAGAAAUCAGAACUUCUAUUUUAAUUUCUGUGUUGUGUGUUGGCAGCUCGGAGGGCGUGGACCGUGCACGGUGAAUGACACCAACGGAGAGCUCCCUUCAGAUCAAACUCAAUGUCGUAAUAAAUAAAUAAAAGUUGCAGAAGACACGAAAGAUGACAGAGCUGCAGAGGAUCAUUUGCUUUUCUGCGCUUUAAAAAUAAUCAAACAUAACUGUGCUCUAAAUCUGAUCUUUCUACUCAGAUGAUUUUACAUUUUUAGAUAUUUAAAUACUUCUUUUAUUCCUCUGACUUACAAGCCCAGCUCCUGCAACAUGACGAGCAGCUGGCAGAGAGACGUAUCAGAAGCACCGCAGUGGCCCUACGGAAACCAAAAAUAACUACCCGGGAUAAUCAUUCAUUGGCAGAAAAAAGAAAACCAACAAGGUCAAAAGGGUUUGGAUAAAAACAAAUAUCAGAACUGAUGAAACAGGAAAACGUGGAAGUUAUCAAGACGACGAUUUCCAGAAGUUCAUUUAACAAAAGCUGAAACAGAUCAGACUGUGUUAAAAUGUGAAAGGUGGUAAAUGUGAUUUCCUGCUCCAGAGGAGACAGAAGACACAUUAAAUAGCAGCUGCUAAUCACAUAUCCCCACCUAUCAAACAUUUGCACCUCUGGUUAUCAAAAAAGGAAAAAGGCAGAUUUUGCAUGAGACCAACUUUGCUGCUAAUGAUACUGGAUGUUCCAAUUGGCCAUUAAACCUUCAUUACAUAGAUUGGGAGCCAGUGGCUCCAUGUGAAGCGUUUAGAGAAAAUGAAAAUGAAGAAAGUGGGAGCUCUGCAGAGUCAACACAACAGAAUAGAGAAUGAAUAAAAGUGCCAAUAGACACCCUGUAAAAUGAAAAGUGCAAAUGUGCACCUGAGGGCACAAUCACUGCUGUCUAUUUAAAUUCAGUGCUCUUUCACAGUGCACGCCGUGGUAUGCACAUCGCUGUUAAUGGCAGCCUGGACGGCAUCCAGUAAGCCAGCACGGGCUGAAUGUUCCUGAUGGGGCGGCCCAAAGAACUGGUCCGCCUGUGGGAUGAGUGAGCAUAAAGAGGAAUUUAUGAUGUGGAGCAACAAGGCUGGCAGAAAUCGCUGAAAGCACCUGACUCGUAAAUUGAGAGCGUGUUUCUGUCAGUGAGAAGAAGGAAUGACUAAUGUCUCAGAUCGCUGUUUGGGCCAGUUCUUUCAUCUCAAUAAAGUGACUUUGAUAUCUCGCCACCCCUUCCCAAAUGUGCCAGGGACGGUUUAAGCUUCAAAGAUUUAAAGCAGCACUUUGCUGAGACAAUGCAGCCUCAUUAUGCACAUAAUCUUACAAGUGUAAACAGUCUGGCACAUGAGGGUGUGAAAGUUAAUAAGAGACUGCUGCCUGACUGAUGUUGUCUGAGGCUAAAUGUGACAUAUUUUCUGUAUUCUUUAAAACCACAGUGUUAUAAUAACAAUGAUGGAUUUGAAAAAAAUUAUGAGUAUCUAAUUGCUUCGCUAAAUGAAUCGUUAUGUUUUGAUUUUUUCAAAAUGAACCAUUUGUGCAGCAGGUUCUUCUACAAGAAGGAACAACCAUAUUUAUGCCAUAAAAUUCAUGUAGAAAAACAGAGAGA